AUGAGCUCAAGCAGUGAGGAAAGUGAUGUGCGUAGCGAUGCUGGUCCGUCAAGAGCUAAAAAGAAAUAUCGGCAACAAUUCCGUGAUGAAUGGCUUCAAUUACAAGACUACCGUAAGUGGUUAAAGCGUGAUAAAAAGUCGAUUUAUAAAUGCAUUUGCACUGUUUGCGAUUCUUCUUUGAUUGCCGAUCUGGGUGCUAUUAAAAGACACAGUGAAGGUGCUAAGCAUAAACUUCGUCUUCCUGCCCUAUCGCAUGUGCGUACCAUUGAUAAUAUUUUUAAAAGUCAGCAACGCGCAAGUGAUGAUGAUCAGCGGAAAAUUACAGAAUUAAAAUUAUCGGCUUUUAUGGCAGAACAUAAAAUAUCGCACAUAGUGAUGGAUCAUCUCGUUGAUUUACUUCCAAAAGCUUUUCCAGAUUCUAAAAUCGCAAGUAAUAUCAAACUUAAACACACUAAAUUACAAGCAAUAAUAAAUAACGUUAUCGGGGCUUCUGAAGGAGAAUGUUUAGUCGAAGAUUUAAAACGCGAAAAGUUCUCUAUAAUGGUAGACGAAAGUACCGAUGUUGCCAGUGUGAAAACAAUGUGUGUUGUAGUCAAAUAUUAUGAUCCUAAUUUAGGACGUAUCGUCAGUCGAUUCUGGGACCUUAUUCAAAUAUUUGAUGACAAAAAAGCUGGAACGUCUGGUGAUUACUCAGCCACGGCUGAAAAAUUAUUUAAUUCAAUAAUAAAAUCAUUUCGAGACAAAAAUAUACCCUUAGAAAAUACUAUCGGGUUUGGUUCUGAUGGAUGUAAUAUGAUGAUGGGCUGCCAUAAUUCAGUGUCCUCACGAUUUAGACAACUAUGUCCAGGUAUUACAGUGAUCAAAUGCCUUUGCCAUUCUUUACAUUUGUGCGCUUCCGACGCUUGCAAAGAAUUGCCCCACGAUGCAGAAAAACUGACUCGAAUGAUAUACAAUUACUUCAAAAAUAGUAGCAAACGUCAAGCAGAGUUAAAGGAAUUUCAAGUAUUUACAGACACUAACAUACACAAAUUGCUACGUCCAGCCCAAACGCGUUGGUUGUCUCUUUCCAGUGUUGUGAACAGAAUUAUGGAGCAAUGGGACGCUUUGCGAUUGUACUUUGACGAUAAAUGGCUGGAAGACCAAGAUUGCCAAGCCAUUCAUAUUCUUUUGAAUGAUCACAUCAUCAAGGCAUAUUUUUAUUUUUUAUGUUGGAUGUUGCCAAAGUUUACCCGCGUCAAUGUAUAUUUUCAAAGCGAAGAUCCGGUUAUUAUAGAAGCCCAUAACAAAAUGAAAGAGCUAUACAGAGAACUCUUAUCCUUAUACAUAACUCCGAAUCAUUUAAAGAACACCCCACUCGACGCAAUUGACCCUACUGAUAGUCAACAUUACAUAAAUCUGAAAAAUAUAUACCUGGGAUUGGGUGUUGCUAAUCAAGUUGCUGUCCCAGAGCUACAUGUAAGUACCGAAGAAGUUACAGUGAUGAAACAGAAAUGCCUGAAUUUUAUCGUUAAAGCAUGCGUGGGUAUUCGGAAAAGAUACAGUUUGAAUGACCCAGUUUUGAGCUCAAUCGCAAAGUUGGAUCCCGAUUCUUGCUUAUCUGAUAAUAGACUACAGUCUUUGUCUUCGCUGUUCCCAGUGCUGCCAAGGCUUAAACCCCAAACUUUAAAUGAUCAACAGACGUUAGAUGAUGAAUGGAGAAAUUUAAUGUUGACUGCGGAUGAACAACAUUUGAAUACAAAUCAACCAGCAGACGUGUUUUGGCAUCAGUUGUCUCAAAUCAAAGAUAGCAACGGAGAUAAUAAAUAUCAUUUUCUGCCUCGUUUUAUGCUCCAAGUUUUAUCGUUGCCUCACUCGAACGCUGAGUGCGAACGAAAAUACAGUGAAUAUUGCGGCGAGUUAGGCGCCUACAUAGCUUACUGUGAUGGAAAUGAGUCAGAAGAUGGUGCUGAAGAAGAUGAAAGCGAGGAAAAUGAUGAGGAGGUGCAAACUUACAGGGGCCGAGCGGAUCUGCUACAGAUUCUUGAAGAUGAACGAGAAGAAAAUGAAGAAAGUCCUACCCUGGAAAAAGAAGGUCCAGGUUCUGAUCCCGCUGAAGAGGAUCCUCCUCUAUUGGAAGACCCACAACCUGAGCAGGAACCUGGUGUUCACAGUGUGCAAGCUCGGCGUCAAGAAAUGAGGAAAUUAUUGUGUUCAAAUGAGAAACUGUGCAAUCUGGGCGUCUUUCGUCUAGAAGUAGCUGAAACCCUUUGCCUUAUGGGAAAAAAUGAUAUAAAUAGAGGAAGGCCAAGUUCAGCUCUAGAGCAGGAAAUUCAGGCGAAAAAGUGGGAAGCCGUGUCCCAAGUUGCACCAGUAAAAAAUGUUCGACUAUAUCGAGUGACACACUGGCCAGUUUUUUGUGACAAAAGGAAUUCCACUAAUAAUAUCAAAGCAUGGCGUGCGCAAAGAAUUUUGGCUAUGAUUUCACUGUCAGAUUCGGAACCAUCCGACGUUGAAAAUGAUGAGAAUAAUGAAGAAGGAGUAUUUUCACGUAUAGUGUUAGACGAUUCAUCUUCCUGUCGAACUCUGUCUCCCGGGCUGGAAGAAUUUUUAAAUGGUUUUGAUGACGAUUUUGAUGAAGAAUUAGCGAGUCCUUCUCUAUUAAAUAAUUGUUAUGAUACUUUGGUGGAUUCCCUUGCAACGAGCAAUAUUCCUCUUCAACCUUCUCCAUCUGUGGUCACCACGGUUGCUCUGAAAAGCAAGAAAUGGUAUAUGAACAUUUUCAGCCACCUCAUCGACAUUUCUCUGAAUAAUGCAUGGCUUGUGUACAAACGUGAAAUGCAGGAAAUGGGUGAUAAUUCUAUACCAUUGAAAAGGUUUCGAAUCCAAAUUGCAGAUGCACUAAUAAAAUCAGACACGCGUAUAAAAAUUGUAAUAGAUUCAGAAAUUUCAGCUGAAAUCACUAAACCUAUAGUUCCGAGGCCGCCACCAGAGAUGCGGUUAGAUGGGAUCAACCAUCUACCCGAUAUCGAUACACAAGGACGGUGCCGUCUUUGUACUAAAGGGAAAACAGUGAUAAAAUGCCUGAAAUGCGAUGAAAAAUUAGUGCUGAAAAAGACAAUACGAAAGAAGAAACUUAAAAAAUUUGAUAUCAGAACAGAUUAUGAUGAAGAACUUGAUACACAUAUAUUAGAUACAAAAAUCUAUGAGGAUAUAGAGUUGGAGUCAGAUAAUGACGAAAAUACAGGCGAAGUCAUAAAAAGUUCUACCAAAAGUAAAUUGGAAACAGAUAAAAUAUAUGACAGAAUUUUAAAUUCUUCAUUAAAUGAAGAAAUUAAGAUGGAUUUCUUAAAUGAUAAAAAGGUGAAGAUGACAGAGUCAGAACAAAUAUUGCACGAAAAAGGUUUUUCUCCGGUAUGUAUUUUCAUAUGCCUUUGGAAAUUUCCUUUAUCUGGACAUUUAUAA